AUGGCGCCACCGACGACUGCGGAGCAGAGCUUUCGCGCAAACCUUUCGCAGUUCAGAUGGGCUCGUGGCGUCAAUGACGAUUCUCAGCAAACCGCCCCGCCAACACCUUCAGGAAAUCCAUUUUCGCGUUUUUACAAUGCUAUGGGCGACUACGUCCCCUUGCGCUCCAGCGAACGCUCAAAUGAAGAGGAAGCAUGGUUUGCACUAUCGCGUUGGGAGAGACUGCUGGGUUUCGGCGGCUGCUUGGUCGGCGCAGCAGUGUGUUUCUUUGUCGCCUUCCUUACGCUUCCCUUCCUUUUCCUUCCUGGCCGCCCGAGGAAGUUUGCCCUCGCAUUCAGCUUAGGGAGCAUGCUUGUGAUGUUUGGCUUUUCAGUGCUUAUCGGGCCUAUAAACCAUGUGAAGCACCUAAUAACUGCCGAACGGCUGCCCUUCACGCUUGUUUAUUUUUCGAGUCUUGGGUUAACCAUAUACUUUGCAGUGGGCCUCCACUCAUACCUGGGAUCGCUGGUCUGCUCUGUCAUUCAGAUUCUCGCGUUGGUCUCAUACGUCCUUGCUUACUUUCCCGGUGGGACAGCGACACUCCGACUUGCAGGUAGCACAGCGUUCCGCAGUGCCAGCAGGCUUCUUCCUCGGUAA